AUGUCUGACAUAUGUAUUCACAAUCAAUGCCAUGUUUCAGAUGAUCUUACAAACAUCCAUGUUGUGAAUUUCACACCAAAUCUCACUGCCCAUGUCCAGCUAGAUGAUACAGAUAUCAUUCAAUACUUCAAAGCAUACUAUCAAUGUUAUUUCAUGCAAUGUGCCAUUGAUUGUUAUGACACUGGUGUUUCUCCUGCUCAAAUCUAUGAUAUCAAUCAGCUCAAGGCCAUGCAACUUGCUGACCUUGCUUGGCAUGAGGUGGAUGCUUCUAUCAUCCAUAACUGCUGGUGCAAGGCUGGCAUUCUCUCAGACUUAUUUCUUAAUCCCACAGCAUCAACUUCUACUCCAGUUGUUUCAGUUUUAUCACUUCUGAACACAGGAGAUUCAGACACUUAUCUUGCAGCAGCUGAGAAGGAGGUUACAGACUCAUUGUCCCAUCUCCAGAGAAUUGGUGUGUUGCAAUCACAGAACAUGAUGGCCAUUGAUGAGCUCAUUGAUUUUGCAUUGGAGGAUUCAGAUGAAGACAUCUUUAAUGCAAUCAAGGAGUGUCAAAAUGCAGAGCAAGAAAAGGAGAUGAAUGGUGGUGGUGAUGGGGGUGAUGAUGAUGCAACAGACAAGAAACCAUCAUGGAAAGAAGCACUCACUGCUGCCUCUGCCUUAUGGAGAUAUGUUGCAGAUGUUGAUGAGCCAUUUGCCUGCAAACUUGAGACUGUUCUCACCAACUUUGGUCACCAGACACACCUGGAAGAGUUUCAUUCCAUGGAAUUGACCACUAUUACUGAUUAUUUCCCUUAUCAAUUGUUGCCAUACCUCUAG